CUAAGGCAGAGAGAUCUCUGCCUCAAGGCUCAAGGUGUACAGAAAUGGUUUUUCAAGAUUUUGACCUUAUACAAGAACGCCGUCGGCAAGAACGGCAGAGAAAGUUUAGAAAACGAGUUACUAUAGCGGCUAUUGCAAUCUUCAUACUCUUGAUUUUAGUUGCAGCUGGAAUCUUUGCUGUGGUUAUGUCAAAGAAAAAUGAGGAGGAAAAGUCUCAGCCUGCUAAGGGCAAAUCAACGCAUUCUCCAUCUACAUCCAAUGGGGUGGUAAAAGACUCUGAGAAGAUGAUAAAGACUAUAUGUAAUGGUACACUUUAUCAAGAUUCAUGUCUAAGUACUCUUCAAAAAGUAGUGAAAAAUAAUCCUACAGCAAAAACUAACCCAAAGGAUCUCAUUAAAUUGGGGAUCUCUGCCACUGCGGAUAAGCUCGAGGAGGCAUUUACAAAGAUUAACAAGUUAGAGUUUAACACGCCAGAGGAAAAACAAGCAUUUGAGAUUUGCAAGCAAGUUGUAGAUGAUGCCAAGGAAGAAUUACAAAAGUCUGCUGCUAACAUGGGCGACGACUUAGGAAAACUAGGGACAAAUCAUAAUGACACUAAUAGUUGGCUUAGUGCGGUGAUGUCGUAUCAAGAAAACUGCAUUGAUGCCUUCUCUGAAGGGAAAUUGAGGUCAAACAUGAAGGAAGCAUUUAAUGCCAGUCAAGAACUAACUAGUAACGCUUUGGCAAUGGUUAAACAAAUGUCGUCAAUCAUUUCAUCGGUGACACAAAUGCCAACAGGUAGUCGCCAUCUUUUGCAGUUUGGCUCACUUUCUAUGCGGAAGGACGGGCUUCCAAAAUGGAUGAACCGUGAGGAAAGGAGGAUGUUAAAGGCGGAUCUUGACAAGCCGACACCAAAUGUAACUGUCGCUAAAGAUGGUAGCGGAAACUUUACCACAAUUAGUGAUGCAUUGGCUGCAAUGCCCUCAAAAUAUGAUGGACGGUAUGUGAUAUUUGUUAAAGGAGGAAUCUACGAAGAAUAUGUGAAUAUUACAAAGGAGAUGGUAAAUGUCACAAUAUACGGCGAAGGAUCACAAAAAUCCAUCAUCACCGGGAACAAAAAUAAAGUAGAUGGCAUCAACACUUACUUAACCGCAACUGUUGCGGUGAUGGGAGAUGGGUUUUUGGGACAAGCAAUGGGCUUUAGGAACACUGCAGGUCCAGAGAAGGAACAAGCAGUGGCCCUAAGAGUCCAAGCAGACAGAGCCAUUUUCCUCAACUGCCGCUUUGAGGGAUACCAAGACACCCUCUACGUCCAAGCCCACCGCCAAUUCUACAGAAGCUGUGUCGUCGCUGGAACCGUCGAUUUCAUCUUCGGAGAUGCCGCCGCCAUCUUCCAAAACUGCCUGAUCUACGUCAGGAAACCCAUGAAAGACCAGCAGAAUACCAUCACGGCCCAGGGGAGGGUAGACAAAUUCCAAACCACCGGAAUCGUCCUACAAAACUGCAAAAUCCAGCCGGAAGAUUCCUUCGCCUCCGUCAAGUCGGAAUUCAAGACCUACCUCGGACGGCCGUGGAAGCAAUAUUCUAGAACAGUCAUAAUGGAAUCAACAAUUGAGGACCUCAUCGACCCCGCUGGGUGGUUGGCUUGGGACGGAGACUUUGCCCUCACUACUCUGUUCUACGCAGAGUUCAACAACUUGGGAUCCGGCGCAGAAAAGGACGGCAGGGUGAAGUGGCCGGGCCUGAAAUCCAUAACCAAGGAAGAAGCCAAAAAAUUUACAGUAGGAUCAUUCUUGCAGGGGGAAUGGCUCAAUGCCACCAGUGGUUCUGUUCAUUUCGGUCUGUUUAAAUAAUUUAAUUCAAUUUGUGGUUUUAGUUUAAGCAUCUCUAGAAUGAGAUUAGUGUUUAUUAAUUGAGUUUAUAAAACAAAAUACUUUAA